AUGCAUCCAAACACGCUAAACCUGUUCCUGGCUGCUGUCUCAGGCUUGACGCUCUCAGAGGCAUCUGUUCUCCCGCUUCAUCCUCGUGCAGGACCUCCUGGCCCUCCUGGCCCUCCUGGUGUUGGUCCUCAUGGUCAUUCUGGGCCUAGAGGUCCUCCCCCCCCUGGCCCCCCUGGCCCUCCUGGUGCUCAUCCUCCUCCCCCUCCUCCUCCCGGUGUCCCUGCUGUCCAACUUCGCAACGGUACCUACCAUGGCAAGCACAGUGAUGAGUUUAACCAUGAUCUCUUCCUUGGUAUGCCAUAUGCCCAGCCUCCUGUAGGCUCUCUCCGUUUCUCCUCCCCCAAGGCUCUCGAUGAGGCCUGGACUGGUCACCGAGAUGCUAAGGAGUUCGGAUGGAUGUGCAUCGGUUACGGUUCCGAUACCCAGUCCCUUGGUAGCCCUGUUAAUGAGGACUGCUUGACGAUCAACAUCGUUCGUCCCUCAGGCGUUGAUGCUGGAGACGAGCUUCCUGUUGGCCUUUGGGUCCACGGUGGUAGCUACACCAACGGUGGUUCUCGUGACCCCAGGUACAAUCUCAGCUGGAUUGUGGACCAGUCAGUUAAGGAGGGUAAGCCCAUCAUUGCUGCCUCCAUCAACUACCGCGUCUCCCAAUGGGGCUUCCUCUUCAGUGACGAGAUGCAAAAGGAGAACGCUGGCAACCUUGCGUUCAAGGACCAACGCAUGGCCCUCAAGUGGCUCCACGACAACGUCGCUGCCUUUGGCGGAAGCCCCGACAAGGUCACAGUCUGGGGAGAGUCUGCUGGUGCUCGAUCCCUCGGUAUGCAACUUGUUGCGUACGACGGUCAGCAUGACGAUCUUUUCCGUGCCGCCAUCCUCGAGUCUGGUAGCCCUGUUGCUCUUUUCGGGAACGCUGCCUCUUGGCAGGACUACUACGACGCCCUUGUCAAGAAGACUGGAUGUGCCUCUUCCUCCAACACCCUCGACUGCCUCCGUGAGGUCCCUUGGGAGACCCUCAACAACAUCUUCAACAGCACCACUGCCCUCAGCGUCCCUACCCCUCCUCUGACUGCUGUCGUUGACGGGGACUUCAUGACUGCUCAGGCUCCUGAGCUCCUCCGCUCUGGCAAAUUCGCACACGUUCCUCUCCUGAUGGGUAACAACUUUGAUGAGGGCACUGCCUACGGAAAGAAGGGCAUCAACACUACAGAGCAGUUCCAAACUUGGAUCUCUAGCCUCGGCCUUGAUAAGGAUGCUGUCGCUACUGCUACCGAGCUCUACCCCGACGACCCUGAGAAAGGUAUUCCCACCUCUUUCGUCGGCCGACCUCAGAACGAGUAUGGUCUCCAGUGGAAGCGAUCUGCCUCUUUCGCUGGUGACUUCCAGCAACACGCUGGCCGUCGUCUCUUGGCCGAAACCUUCUCUGCUGCCGACAUCCCCGUCUUCACUUACCUCUGGAACGUUUACGUCAACGGCCUCCCUCCUAUUCUCGGAGCCACUCACUUCCAGGAGGUUGCUUUCGUUUUCAACAACGUCAAGGGUGUUGGCUAUGGUGCUAACCCCUUUGAGGGCAAGCCUGAAACUUUUGUUCAGCUCGCUGACCUCAUGAGCAAGAUGUGGGUUGCCUUUAUGCACGACAUUACCCCCAACACUGUUGAGACUGCCCCUGCGCAUGUCGCCUGGCCUCAGUACUCACUCGAGGACCCUCUCAACAUUGUCUUUGACGUUAACAAGACUGGGCUUACCUACACUGCCGUUGACGACACACAUAAGAAGGAGAUUUCUUUCCUCCUCGAGGAUGUUUUCGCUUAA